AUGUCCACAAAAGACAACCUUCCUGUGCACCUACGCAGCGCCAAACCUCCGCACCACGUCUCCGAAACCGAAAAUAUGUCAGAUCACGCCGAUGAGUCUGCGCGACCCGCAAAACGCGCUCGUCUCGACGACAACAGCGCUCCCUCGCUCUCUACGCAAGCUCCGCAAGCCCUACAAGCUGCGCCCACAGCUCCAGUAUCUGCCAUUGACGCCGAUCUCGAGCGCGAAGUGCGCGCCGGCAUAACCGAAUACGUGUGCCCGGACAAUCUGGGGUUCACGGGCGUGUUGAAGCAGCGGUACACGGAUUUUUUGGUCAAUGAGAUCGGGCUGGAUGGGCAGGUGCUGCAUCUGAAGAGUACGGAUGUGCCGAGAAGGGAGAAGAAGGGCGAUGCGAGGCAGGUGAAGGAGAAUGGGAAUAGUGCGCAGAAUGGGGUGGGCAAGUUGGUGGUUGAGGAGGAGAAUGGUGAUGCGAGGAUGGUGGACGUGCAGGAGGCCGUGACGAAGACUGAAGAUGCGCCUGCGCAGGAAGAGACUGUGAUUGUACCAGCGGUUGAGAAAGAGGUAGGUCGAGGUGAGAAUUACUGCAAGCUUCGUCUGAGCGUUACUGAUAGCAUCCAGCUUGCAGAUGAAGAUCGCAGUACCCUACACGACAUAUUCGGUGAAGACACGACGAACCAGAUCGUCAAACUCGUCGGGCAAAUUCGGAGACGCGAACAGCGGAAAGCAAAGGACUUCAAGGCUGUUAUAGCACCACCCAUAUCCGACAAGGAGAAGCGCACACAAGCCCAUCAGGCGCUACGUCGCAUAUUUCCCAAUCUGCUCGAGAGCUCUAUGGAGGAGGACCAGUCAUUGCGGAUCAAGGCGACGCCACCGGCAGAACGCAAAGGCAAGAACAAGAAUGGUGGUGGUGGUCGAGAGCGAGGCGACGGUCUGUCAAGAGGCAAAGGCCAGCAGUGGGAAGAGCUCGGCGGAGAAUACCUACACUUCAGCCUAUACAAGGAGAACAAGGACACCAUGGAGAUUGUGGGCUUUCUGGGCAGCAAGCUCGGUGGAGGUUCAAAAGCAUUUGGCUUCGCAGGAACCAAGGACAGGCGAGCUUGCACUGUCCAGCGUGUCUGCGUAAAGCGCCAGACAGCUGAGCGCAUGUACAGCUUCAACAAGAUCCUAUACAAUGCCGCUAUUGGAGACUGGAAGUACGAGCCCUACAACCUGACUCUGGGCGACCUCAAAGGAAACGAGUUCACCAUCACACUACGCGACUGCCACUUCCAGAACGAAGAAGGUCUUGACUUUGCCCAGCGACGGCAACUGGCCGACACUGUUGUGCGCAAGGCCAUUGAAGACUUCUCGGAGAAGGGUUUUAUCAACUACUAUGGUCUUCAGCGCUUUGGAUCCUUCGCCGCCAGCACCGACGCCAUCGGUUGCAAAAUGCUCCAGGACGAUCUCAAAGGCGCAGUCGACGACAUCCUCGCAUACUCCGAUGUCGCCCUCGCCGCCGCAGAAGGCACCCUCCCAGAAGACUCCACAAUCCUCGUCUCGCAAGACGACCGCAACCGCGCCAAAGCCCUCCAUCUCUGGCGCACUGAAGGCAAAGGCGGCCCCGCCCUGGACCUCCUCCCCCGAAAAUUCACAGCCGAGCGCAACAUAAUCCAACACCUGAAUUCGCGCAACUCGCGCAACGGCCAGCACGACCGCAAGUCUGACUGGCAGGGCGCGCUCAUGACCAUCCCCCGCACGCUUCGCCUCAUGUACGUCCACGCCUACCAAUCGCUAGUCUGGAACGUCGUCGCCGGCCACCGCUGGGCCCUGCAUGCCGACAAAGUCAUCCCCGGCGACUUGGUGCUCGUCAACGAACACAAAGACAAAGUCCCCUCAUCCGCUCCCGCCCCGCAGGCCCGCGACAUUGACGACAACGGCGAAGUCGUCAUCAACCCCACCGGUAGCGAGAAUGCCAACGCCGGCGCCCAGGACUUUGAGCGUGCGCGCGCGCUGACGGCGGACGAGGCUGCGUCGGGCUUGUAUACGGUUUGGGACGUCGUGCUCCCGCAGCCCGGGUACGAUGUCGAGUACCCGCAAAACGACAUCGGUGCGUUUUACAAGAGCUUCAUGGCGAGCGACAAGGGUGGGAAGCUUGAUCCGAUGGAUAUGCGCCGCGGAUGGCGCGAGGUCAGUCUCAGCGGCGGGUAUCGCAAGUUCCUCGCGAAGCCGCUGAAGCCGCUCGAGUUCCAGGUGCACGAGUAUGUGAAGCCCGACGAGCAGUUUGUCGUCACGGACAUGCAGCGGUUACGCGGGCAGGGUGAGCUGGGCGGGGAGGAAGGGGAGGUAGAUGUGGAGGGCGAGAAGAAGCUUGCUGUUGUCAUCACGCUGCAGUUGGCGAGUAGUCAGUACGCAACCAUGGCGUUGCGGGAACUGAUGAAGGCUGGGGGUGUCAGGGCGUAUAAGCCCGAGUUUAUGGGUGGGCGAUAA